CAUUUCCCUCCAUUUCCUCCUGCCCUCUUCAAGCUUCAGCUGAUUCGCGACGGAAACUCCUUCCUUAACCUACACUCUCCCCGCGCACAUUAGCACAGCUGGUGCACCCAUGUCUUCCUCAAUCCCUGCCGUCCAGCCGGGUAGGAUCAGGGUCCUGAAGCAAGGUGCGGAUCCGAAGGCCGCGGGCCCGGUCGUGUACUGGAUGUUCAGGGAUCAACGGCUGCGGGACAACUGGGCGUUGAUCCACGCCGUGCAUCAGGCUAACAAGUGGGAAGUUCCCGUCGCCAUAGCAUUCAACUUGUUUCAUCAGUUUAAGGGCGCGAAAGCUCGGCAGUUGGGGUUUAUGCUAAGAGGGCUCAAGAAAUUGCAUUCUGAUCUUCAAUCCACUCUUGAAGUACCCUUUUUCUUGUUCCAGGGUGAAGCUGUUGACACCAUUCCAAGUUUUCUUAACGAAUGUGGAGCUUCACUUUUGGUGACAGACUUUUCACCAUUGCGGGAGGUUCGGCAAUGGAAAGAGGAAAUGUGCAAGAGAGUAAAUGGAUCAGUAUCAAUUCAUGAAGUGGAUGCACACAAUGUGGUGCCUGUUUGGGUGGCAUCGGACAAAGUGGAAUAUGGUGCUCGGACAAUAAGGGGCAAAAUAAACAAAAAACUUCCUGAAUAUUUGAUUGAUUUUCCUGAACACAUAACUCCAAAACGGAAAUGGGCUUCCCCUAGUAAUUUUAUAGAUUGGGAUAACCUCAUUGCACGUAUUGUAAGGCAAGGAGCAGAAGUUCCUGAACUUGAAUGGUGUCAGCCAGGUGAACAAGCUGCAUUAGACGUAUUGAUGGGGGAUAAAAAUGGGUUCUUGAAAGUAAGAGUGAAGAAUUAUUUUUCAGACAGGAAUAAUCCACUGAAACCCAAAGCGCUGUCUGGCCUUUCUCCAUAUUUGCAUUUUGGGCAGAUAUCAGCACAGAGAUGUGCCUUGGAGGCACGAAAAGUUCGAAAACUCUAUCCCCAGGCAAUUGAUGCAUUCUUGGAGGAACUGAUCGUCCGCAGAGAACUUGCUGAUAACUUCUGCUUCUACCAGCCGCAUUAUGAUUCAUUACAAGGUGCUUGGGAGUGGGCGCGUAAGACUUUGAUGGACCAUGCCUCUGAUAAACGUGAACAUAUAUAUACGAGAGAGCAAUUGGAGAAAGCGCAAACUGCUGAUCCACUUUGGAAUGCUUCUCAGUUGGAAAUGGUUCAUUAUGGAAAGAUGCAUGGUUUUAUGCGGAUGUACUGGGCAAAAAAAAUUCUUGAAUGGACUAGUGGGCCUGCGGAAGCUCUUGCAACAGCAAUAUACUUGAAUGAUAAAUAUCAAAUAGAUGGCAGGGAUCCAAAUGGUUACGUUGGAUGCAUGUGGUCUAUAUGCGGAUUACAUGACCAGGGAUGGCAAGAGCGACCUGUUUUUGGAAAAAUACGAUACAUGAAUUAUGCUGGUUGCAAGAGAAAAUUCGAUGUGGACGGCUAUAUUGCAUAUAUAAAGAGGAUAGUAAGUGAAUGCAAGAAGAGGAAGGCAGAACAACCGCUGGUCAACAACAAAGCCAAAGAACUGCGUAGUUAAGCAUUGGCUGCUCAGUUUGUUGUAAACUGUUACCAGCCGCUUCAUUAUCAACUCUUAGUUGUUAGCAACAGACUUUCUAACUGGAUUUCGCAGCAGAGAUGCAAAUGGACUUUGUAGGAUAACAUCUUUAUGAAGAUCAAGCUAAAUUUUAGAACUAGUAAAGUUGUAUCAUUGAAAUGGAUUGCAGUUUUGAGCAAAUGAGGUGAUGAAGUGAUAAUGCAGAAUAUGCUGUACCUCUUUUUUGGUAUAGCAUUUCGAUACCAAA